AUGAGGGUGCACUACUGGGUGCACCCCUGGGAAGACAAUAACUCUUCUAUCUCAUCCAACAGUGUGGAGACGAGAAGGAAACGACGUGCAUCGUCCUCUAAAAAGGAGAACGUUGCAGAGGACAAUAACGUUUCAGAAAAAGCUAAGCCGCCAAGUCAUGGAAGCGUCUUGCACUACUUCUACAAGACCUCCCUUGGAUAUAACGUGAACUCCCAUCUACGACAGAGUCUCCAGAUGUCAUUUGUGCGCUCCCUGGCCUCCUGCAUGGUCCACAGGGCAUUCAGCUCCUUCACCAGCCGGGUCACCUGCCUCGAAUGGCACCCCACACAGCCCACAGUGCUGGCUGCCGGCUCCAAUGGGGGAGCCAUGAUGCUGUGGGACUAUGAGGAGCCCAUACCGAUGGCCUUUCUGAAUGGGAAGCGGAGGUGUGUCGUCGGUGGGCUGAAGUUCUGUCCAUCAGAUUCAUCCAGAUGCUAUGUCACUUCAUACGACGGUACGCUGGCCUUGCAGAGCUUUGAGGAUCUCCCCUGUUUGACCCUUUUCAGGGCUCAGGACGGCGGUCACGAUGACCACAAUGUUUGGCCCUGGUACUGCUGUGUGGAUGUGUCUGCCAGCCAGCGAAUGUUGGUGAUAGGGAGCAACACUGGGCGACUUGCACUUCUAGGUUUCGAUGGCCACAAGAUAUUCAGCAACAAGCUACAUGACGCCAAAGUGACACAUGCAGAGUUUAAUUGCCAUUGUGGUUGGCUGCUGGCCACAGCAUCCUUGGACUGCACAGUCAAGCUAUGGGACCUGAGACACCUCAAAGACCAGACGAGCUGCCUGCAGGAGAUGGCGCACAAGAAGCCAGUCAACUCUGCUUGUUUCCGACCAAUGGACGGCUCAAAGCUCUUGACCACAGACCACUGUGAUGAGAUAAGGCUGUACGCCUCAUCUGAUUGGUCGAAGCCAGAGCGUGUCAUUCACCAUCCUCACACGCAUUUUCAGAACACUACACCCAUCAAGGCAACCUGGCAUCCAUUUUAUGAUCUUAUAGUAUCUGGCCGGAAUGGAGCUGGCUCCAUAAACGUCGGAUCAGUAGACAUCUUGGAUCCCAACACCGGAGAGCUGCUACACCAAGUGCUAGACCCAGGAGGAAAGGGAACCAAAUCUACACCCCUCCCAUCAGCGGUGAGCGGACAGGCCCAGUGUCAAACAGGGAUAAUAUCACCACACUUGGAGAACAGCUACAGUAGAAGAACAGUAGCCAGCUGAAUAUCUUCAACCACCUUGGAGAUGCACUGGCUUCAGGAGUGGGUUGUAAUAUCCAGGCCUGGACCAGGUGACUACUAAGGAAUGGACGGGAGUGAACCGCUGGCCAUUUGCAACUCCUUGAAGCGUCCAACAAAACACACCAUGUUACCAUGCCUUAUAUCUUCCAAGUUAGUGGGUGAUAUACCAACCAACAUAUAGACAGAAAAAUGCUAAUGAUGGAGAAGUUGGAUCUGCUAUCUUCAAGGUUUUUUGACCUUUUUUUUACCUGUGCUUAUUUUAUUGUGGUCAAUGUCAGUCUAUGGGUCAAUGGGAUAACUGGUAAGAAUGCUGUGGUUACAGUAGGUCUGCUGUUCAUGCAAAGACCAUGGCAAGGACAUUGUGAUUCUGUUCGCUAUUACGACAUUUUGCAAUAUGUGUUUUGCAACCCCCAACCACAAAGUUUGUGAAUUAAAUUAUGUGAAUAAAAAUC